AUGAUUGGCAACCGCCAGACAACGCCGAGCUCGUUCUGUUCAUCUGAAACAACUGAGCAACAAGAUACAAGAUUGGAAACCGAUAGACAACUUCACGCACGAGCGCGUUCAUCUGAAACAACUUAUCAACGAUAUGCAAGAUUGGAAACCGACAGACAACUUCAUGCUCGAUACGGACGAAUUACUCGCACAGAUUUGAAUCUSGGUGCAUUCCAUCACGAUAAUGAGGUACCAGGUAUAUGCUGUGCUGGUGGAAAUGUAAAAUUACCAGAAUUACAUCAACCACCCGAACCAUUAUCAACGCUGAAAUAUGAAGGCAGCGGUGGUGCUUGGUGCCCGAAGGGUAUGAUAUCGAACGAUGGUCGACAGUAUUUGGAGGUUAACCUGCAAGGAUUACACGCGGUGACAGCCAUCAAAAGCCAAGGUCGGCACGGCAACGGGUCUGGCAGAGAGUUCGCUGAGGAAAUAAUGAUAGACUAUUGGAGACCUGGUUCCAACAAGUGGACGCGGUGGAAAGGCAGAGACGGUAAACAGGUUUUGCAAGCCAAUAGAGACACGAAUACAAUAGUAGACCGAUCCUUGGUGCCGGCAAUCAUAGCAUCAAAAAUCCGUUUAGUGCCUUACAGCGGACAGCCGCGCAUGGUUUGCCUUCGAGCUGAAAUCAUCGGUUGUUAUCAUUACGAAGGUGUAAUCAGCUAUUCGGUAAUACAGGGUGAUGUAAAAGACACGGGUUAUGAUGGUCGUGAAGAAGGCGGUAUAUUGGUCGGUGGUAUAGGACAACUCUGCGACGGUCGAUACGGAAUCGAUGAACCGUUCGUGAAAAAAUACAACGAAUGGGUCGGAUGGAAAAACGACACUAUGGGCUAUGGGUCAUCAGUAGAAAUGACUUUCGAGUUUGACAUCGUCAGGAACUUCACCGCCUUGUACAUGCACUCCAACAACGACUUUCGUCAAGGUGUUCAAGUUUUUUCGCACGCCAAAGCUUAUUUCAGUGUGGGUGGCGAACACUUCUUCCCGGAACCCGUAUCGUACACGUACCCGGCGGACACCAUCAUGCCCGAGGCCCGAAACGUCACGGUCAAACUUCACCACCGGACCGGCAGGUUCCUUAAACUACAACUGUUUUUCGCCAAUAAAUGGAUGAUGAUCAGCGAGAUAUCGUUUGAAUCAGUUGUAAUGCCUGGAAUUUGGCCCCCCGAGGAAGCGGAAGAGCCGAUUUUCUUCCCGAACGACAAUAGCGUCAAGUCGAACAACGGAGGCAACGAAUUACAAAGGGACGAAGUUAAAUCGGCCGACCAUAAAGAAGAGAGAAACACACCUGUUGGAGGUUUGCCUCAACACACCAAAAAUCGGGAAGAUGGUGUAAUCGGCAGUAGUGGUGGUGGCGGCCACCGACUGAUAAGUUUGCUAGUGGGUGCGCUAUCGGCGGCCACCAUACUGGCCGGCGCAUCAGUGGCAUUUGUGAUGGUCCGCCGACGUCGGCUAAUCCAGCAAGUAUCCCGACGCAGUCGAAGCUCGUCAUUCCAAGAGUGUACGGGUGACAAACCACAUCUGCCACCGGCCAUACACCUGACGGAACUACCAGUGCGGGUGAACGCCAACGGACACGUAUAUGGUCAAGUAGACUUGGAUGACGAUUCGGACAAGAGCAACAGUAAUUACCAAAGACCAUAUGGUGUAGCACGCCGACCAUCGGUGCUCUUAAGUCCAGAUUAUACGGAUGUUCGGGACAUCGUCGCCCAAGAAGAAUAUGCCAUACCACACGUUCGACGGUCGACCUCCAAAACGUUAACGCUGCACAGAAGUCAAAUGUCCGUACAGGAAGACUCGUUGCCACGUAAUCACCAGACGUUGGAGAAGUAUUAUGCCGCAUCGGAUGUUUGCCAGGUAAAUGCUCCACCACCACCCCGAUCGCCACCACCUACGUCAUCCAGGUCGAGUAGCAGCAGAGGAGGAGGUGCCAGCAAUGCGUCCACUUGUCCGCUUACCAGGUCCGACGACACGCUUUGYCAGUUACCACCAGAAAUCCCCCGGGAAUACCUGGGCGUCGUCCAAACACUGACAAAGACGCAUUUUGGAGAGGUCCAUUUGUGUGAAAUGAAAACACCAUCUGACGAAAUGCUACAGCCAACUAAGUCUGUCAAUAAGACGUGCAAGUUGGUCACCGUGAAGUCGCUGAGGAAAGGCGUGUCUGAAUCGACCAAGCACGAUUUUUACGACGAAGUAGAAUCACUGUGGAAAAUCAGAGAUCCAAAUAUCACUAGAGUACUAGGAUGCUGCCUAACCGAGGAACCAUUCUGUAUAAUAACCGAAUUUAUGGAACAUGGCGAUCUGAAUCAGUUUCUACAGGAACACAUAGCCCUGACCGCUGCGCCAAUACCACCGUACGCGAAAACUUUAAGUUAUGGAUGUCUAAUACACAUGGCCACCCAAAUAGCUUCGGGGAUGAAAUAUUUAGAGGUUAUAAAUUUCGUCCAUCGCGAUUUGGCUGCAAGAAAUUGUUUGGUUGGUCCCAAUUAUACGGUCAAAGUGUCCAAUAUGAGUCUGAGCAAGAGUGUUUACUCAGCGGACUAUUUUGACUUUGAGGGGAGGCCUUCGCUACCGAUCCGCUGGAUGUCAUGGGAGAGCAUACUUUUGAACAAAUAUACACCGAGGAGCGACGUUUGGUCAUUUGCCGUCACACUGUGGGAAAUACUGACAUUCGCCCGAGAACAGCCAUAUGAAGAACUCAGUGACCAACACGUGAUUGACAACGUCACCAGGCUGUACCAGAACGAUGGAAAUUUUAUCUUAUUGCCUCAGCCCAUCAAUUGCCCGAAAGAAAUUUACGAUCUCAUGUGUGAGUGUUGGCAGAGAGACGACAAAAGUCGUCCAAAUUUCCGAGAAAUACAAUUAUUCUUACAGCGGAAAAAUUUAGGAUAUAAGCCUGAAUGUGACUCUUAAAAUAUAAGCUUAAAAAAUCAUAAUAUUGUUAAUAUCAUUUAUAUGUUAAAUGUUUGUUUAAAGCUUCAUUAUAAUAUACCUAUUAUACAUAUUUUAUAUACAUGUAUAUUUUGAAUUGUAGGCUCGUAUUUCGUUCCAUGUUUAUGUACCCUAUAUUUACGUAUUUUUUUACGCGUAUACGUAUUAUAAAUUAUCGUAUAUGUAAUAUUUUGUUAUAAAGUGUAAAUAUCAUUUUUAUCGAGUUUUUGAAUAAUUUAAGUUUUACGUUUGAUUUUUAGCGUUAUCGUACGAAAUAUCGCUUCCAGGCAUAUUUACUAGGCAUUAUAGUGAGAUUACGAACGAUGAUCGCCAGACCUAUUGUAUUUUUGUAUACAGUUGGCGAUCGCCGUAAAAUAUUAUGAUUAACGUUUGCAACAUAUCUAAUUGGUAAAAUACAUUCUUCAUUUUCGUUAAGUAGAAUCGAUCGACCUCUUAGUUUUCAUCGUAUAUUAUAUAAUAUAGGUAGUAAUUUAUAGUUUCGAACCCAUUAUAAUACACAAGUACCCAUAUAUAACAUAAUAAUAUACGAAAAUGUAAAGGUACUUGUCACUAUUUAGUAUUUUGUAUAGCUUACAGUGUUGUAUACUUUAUGUUAUAAUAUUAUAUUAAUAUGUAAAAUCAAAAUAGAUUAACGUUCUUCGUUUAAACAUUUUAUCCAUGAACUUCGUUGUUACACUGUACCUGGAAACCUACCAAUAUAAAAAUAUAACUAUACAUUACUUUUCGUAGUUGCCGGAUUUGUAAUAAUUAGUAUUAGAAAAUAAUAUGUUAUUCUUAAAUUAGUAUAAAAAA